AGAAGAGCAGCAUGAUGGGAUAUGAGAGUCCUCCGGCGGCGCGCUGCCGCCAUGUCACCUAGAGAGAAACAUUUAGCGAUUCUCCUAGCUCUAGGCGGAGUCAUUCUCGGUCUUUAUUUUAUUCCUGCAUUUCUUUUUGUGACUUUAAUUCUCGCAGUGUUUUGUAUCGUGUGUUACUAUCUCAGUAGAGAACAGUUUCCCGCCAGGCUAGGCCUCAAGCCACGAGCUGGGGUGAACCUCCCGUCCGUACUCCGGCGCUGGUUGUGGGGUUGGGAGAGGACCGGCGUGUCGUUGGCCGCGCGGAUGGGAACCAAGAGCGGCAGGAACAAAACCGAGCUCCGGGACGCAGGGGGGAACUUCAGAGAGAGGCUCGUUGAAACUGGGAUUUAUCGCAGGGAAACCUUGGCAAGUGAAUCUUUUCUUUUCAGCCCUCGGGAAUUACUCAUGGGGAGCUACAUCGGGAAGCCUGAAAGUCCAACUGCCGACUCGAUGAGGCCGAGAGUCGGGAGAAAUCCCCGAGAGCAGUUGCGGGAGAAACUGUCCCGACCCAACCAUGCCGUCUACACCCCGAACAGGAGGCUGUCUUUCGCUGGGGAGCUGCCGGGCACAAUGAGCGGAUUCGCCAUCGCCCCCAAGCGUCACUAUCCCUUGCAGCAGCAAGGUGUCUCGUCAGUGGGAAUCAUACCGCCUCUCAAGUGGGAUGGCUUCAAAAAGAAAAACAUCCUCAGCCCCCGUAACUCCCCGGUUGGCCUCAGCCCAGUUACUGUGAAGAUCGCCCGGCCGGACCACCACAGCUCUCCCAGAUUGGACCAUCUGAGUUGUGCAGGGCUCCCCAGGGCCCCUGUAGACCCCUGCUCCAGAGAAAGUGUGCUCAAGGUGCUGAAAGAAAGCCGCAAGAGAGUUGUUGAGGAUGAGGACAAAAGCUUCACAACUGAGCAGGAAAGCAAAAGAAGACGUAAUGAUAGCGGUGGAAGUGCACACUCUGCUGUUGAGUCUCUUCUGCCCAACGGGGCGCCGUCACAGCUGGUCCCUAAGCCAGGAAAUAUGAAAAGAGGAAUAACCUCACUUGCUGAAGACUCCAUCAUGAAGAGGUCUCGCACGUCCUCCAUCAGCUCUGGCAGUGGGGUCCAUGCUCUGAGAGGAACCCCAGGUUCAAGGAGAAACCCUAUCCAGAGCUCCUACAGUUCUUCACUAGGCCUCAGUCAGUGGAAGAAGCGCUCAGCACCCAGCUCCCCUCUAUCCAGUCCUGGAUCAUCUCGCUCUCAGACUCCAGAGGGAGCCUCCAAAAGACCCAGAGAGGACGACGGGCUGUCUCCGAGCUCCGCAUCCUCAGUGAGGCCAGACCAGACAGCCUCAGACAAGGCACCUGUUACUUCCAAACUGACGCCAGGCCCCAAGGUCCCAGUCACUACCUCAACAGACUCUACUAGUAGUGGUGGAAAGAGAAAACGCAAGAUCCAGCUGGUGUCCAGCAACCGGGAUGAUCACAUCUCUCUGCCCCCGCCUCCAGAGCUGGGCUACACUAUCACUGUGAAAGACAUAGAUGAAGAGAAAAGAGCCGCCCUCAGCAAGAUCCAGAAGGUCCUGGAGACGCCUGCUACAGAGCCAGAAAAGUCUGCCUCUCCCCCAGCCACCAUUACCACCCAGCUCGGCACCUCUUUCAGCUCCACCAACACAACCACCUUGAGCAGCCUUCUAGCAGCUCCUCUGCCCACAGCCUCCAGCUCUCCCAUCCCAGUCAUCAACCUGGAUCCCAGUCCAGGCAGCAGUGUCAGCACGGCACCUGCAACCUCUAACCCACUGCUGGAGGCUCUGAAGAUGAAGAUAAUUAUUCCUUCUAGCACCACACCUGCUGCCAACACAGCUACAGUGCCUGCAUCAACCACACCGGUACAAUCCAGUGGCUUAACCCUGAAGGUUUCGACUACAGUGGUUACCCCACAGCUUCCUCCUGCCUCCCAGUCUCAUUCCUCCUCUGCAGGUGUGGAGCAGCCCUCUGCCUUUUCUCAUGUGCUGGGUCAGGUCUACAAGGUUUCCAGCAACACUCCACCUGUUACAGGAACAGGCCUGUUUGGAUUGGCCAGUCAGAUCAGCACCCCCGCUGCUUCUUCAGCUUCUUACCCGGUCACUGCCACUGCGACUGCUCCAGCCAGCAGCUCAGCGUCCGUCAGUAAUGCCAACCCUCUGCUGGCUUCAGGGUUCAAGCCCAUUUUUUCCGUCACCACUAACUCCACCUCCGCAGCUACAUCAGCCACUGAGAGCAAACCUCCUGCCCAAAAUUUCAAGUCCAUCUUUGGAGCUGCCACUGCAGGUGCUGGCUUUGGACAGCCUCCACCCUACACAACUACAAACCCAGCUUCUACAGUUUCUUUAAGUAGUACAUCCUCUAUGUUUGGUGGAUCUAUAAGCAGCACCAUGGUUACCCCAUCUGGUUUCCCUGGCAUGACCAAUGUCCCCACUUGCACAGCCUCCACUGGUUCCAUCACCACAACACAGCCUGCAGUCCAGCCUGCUGGGAAAUCCCUCUUUGGAAACUGGUCAGCAGCAUCCACAACAAGUGCCAGCUCAGCCCCAGUGCAGGCCCCUAAUAGAGGGAGCCCAUUUCCAUUUGGAACUGCUACCACAGUUGCUGCUGUUACCACAACCUCUAGCAACGGCGCCUUCUCUUUUGGUUCCACACAGUCAGACCCUCAAGCAGCAAACCAGAAGGUAUUUCCCUUUGGCCAGGCAGCUCCUGGCCAGAACACGACCACUGCUUCAUUUGGAGGUUUUGCCAUUACCAACACGGUCUCUGCUGCUGCGGCUGCUGCUGCGGCUGCUGCUGCUGCUGCGGCUGCUGCUACUACUGCUACUACCCAGUCCAAUUUUACCUUUGGAAAGUCGUCGUUUCAAGCACCGGUCACGCAGUCAACCUUUGGCUCCUCGGCGGCACCGGCAGCACAGUCGGCCUUUGGCUCCACGGCGGCAGCGCAGCUGACCUUUGGCUCCUCGGCGGCACCGGCAUCAAAGUCAACCUUCGGCUCCACGGUGGCCACGCAGUCAGCCUUUGGCUCCACGGCGGCACCGGCCACGCAGUCGGCCUUCGGCUCCUCGGCGGCACCGGCAGCACAGUCAACCUUCGGCUCCACGUCGACCUUCGGUUCCUCGGCCGCAGCGCAAUCGACCUUUGGCUCUUCGGCUGCAGCGCAGUCGACCUUCGGCUCCUCGUCCGUAGGGCAGUCGACCUUCGGCUCCACGGCCGCAGCGCAGUCGACCUUCGGGUCCUCGGCAGCAACCUCAAAACCGUUCUCCUUUGGAGGCAGCAGAGCAGCCUCAUCCAUACCAGCUUCUAACACCGCGCCUCCUCCUUUCCCUUUUGGGUCAACUGCUGUCACCAAAGCAACCAGCUUUGGGACCCCAGUUAAACCUGCAUUUGGAGCCAGCGCCACUGGUUUUGCUUUUGGUGGCACCACUGCUCCCUCAGCUGCACCGAGCUUCGGUGCAGUAACCCAGACUCAGAGUUCCACCUCCUUCACAUUUGGCAGUGCUGCUCCUCAGCAGGCUCCCGCCGGCCCUGCUCAACCAGCACCCAGUGGAUUUAACUUCAGUGCUAGUAUGCCAGGCCCCCAGUUUGGAACCCCAGUCUCCAAUAAUCCUGCACCGCAGAUGGGAAGCUUCAACUUUGGGGCUGCUGCUACUGACAAACCUGCUUUUGGGACGUCUACCCCAUCUUUUGGCCAGAGUGCUGCUGCUGCAGGUCCAAUUCCCUUUGGAAGCCCUGGAACUCCAGUCCAAAGCUUCAACGCUGUUCCUUUUGGGUCUCCAGCGGCACCCUCUUUCUCUAUUGGAGCCGGGUCAAAGCCAGCUGGAGCUCGCCAGAGGCUGCAGGCGCGGAGGCACAACAUCAGGAAGAAGUAAACUGCUGCAGGCGUCCAGCACCGCUUUCAGAGGACUUCAGCCAUUGUUGCUGUCGCUGCUGUGGUUUAUCCGGCGAACAUCGCUCUGUUAUAAGCCCAACACUCCCAACAAGCAGG